AUGGGCUCCGUCUCGAGCGACACGCCGGCCCUGGCCACCAAGCCAGCCUUCAUCUUCUUCACCGACUUUGACGGCACCGUCACGACGGCCGACUCCAACGACUUCAUGACGGACAACCUCGGCUUCGGCCGCGACCGCCGCGUCCAGGGCAACAAGGGCACGCUCGACGGGCGCGUCCACUUCCGCGACUCGUUCCGCGAAAUGAUGGACAGCGUCGCCACCCCCUUUGACGAGUGCCUCGCCCUCCUCCUGCGCAGCAUCGAGCUCGACCCGGGCUUCAAGGACUUUUACGCCUGGGCCCGCGCCAGCAACGUGCCCAUUGUCAUUCUCAGCGGCGGUAUGGAGCCCGUCAUCCGCGCCCUGCUCGACAAGCUGCUCGGCCCCGGCUGGGACAUUCAGAUUGUGAGCAACGACGUUUGCCCCCGCGACGGCAGGUCCAUCAACGACGUCAAUGGCUGGACCAUCCAGUACCACGACGACAGUGUCUUUGGCCACGACAAGUCCAUCGAGAUCCGCAAGUACUCGUCCCGGCCCGACCGGCCCAUCCUGUUCUACGCCGGCGACGGCGUCUCCGAUCUGUCCGCCGCCAAGGAGACGGACCUGCUCUUUGCCAAGGCUGACAAGGAUCUCGUGACGUACUGCGAGAGGGAAAAUGUCCCCUUUGUCACCUUUCGCGACUGGACGAGCAUCACGCAGACGUGCAAGGACAUUGCCGCAGGCAAGAUAUCCGUUCAAGACGCCGCAAAGGGGCGCAUUUGA